GAUGGCAGACGCCGCCGGCAGCGCAGCCGCUCCGGGCGCGAGGGGCGGCCCGUCGUCGUCGUCGUCGUCGGGGUGCCGCGGCGGUCGCGGGUGCGGGCUGGCGCUGGGGCGGCUGGUGCGGAAGCUGCGGCGGCAGAGCCGGAUGCUGGUGUGCACGGCAGCCACGGCCGGGGCGCGCCACGGCCACGGCCACGCGUCGUCGUCGUCCGCGCGGUGCCACCAGUACGACCCGCUCAGCUACGCGCGCAACUUCGACUUCGGCACGGCGCUGGACGGCAGCGAGGGAUACUACUCCUUCGCCUCCCGGUUCGUGCUCGCCGCCGCUCCGGCGCGGCGGCCGCAGUAGAAACUAGCCGGCGAGGCCAGAUCGAGGCGCCAGCCGGUGGACGCCGCCGGCUUGGUAGCUGGAGCCGCGAGUACUGCUAGCUCAUUAGCCUGCCACUGGCGUUAGCUGGUAGCUAGAGUUCAGUUCGUUAGGUGCCGUGGCUUUUGUACGGCCUUUGUAGUAGCUGGUGGAUGUGUUUAUACGAGAUCGAGAUGUGGUGGUGGCUAUAAGAGUUUCCCCGGCAGGCAUCCUUGACUCCUUUCACUUCGGUUGGGGGAGGGAGGGGGUCAGAGGAGGAAUCAGCCAGGAGGAAAUGUUCUGAAGAUUACAGUGAAACUGAACAAGAUGCCUUAACGGUUCGUCUACAA